UUCGUCACCUUCCAUAUCCAUUAAACCCUUUACCCCUUUCUUUAUCACUCUCUCUAUUCCACUCACAUGUUCUUCUUCUACUCACCUUGCAAUCUACACUCUCUCUAUUCUACCAUACAACAUCCUUCAUUUACAAUACCCUUUUAUUAACUCUACUUAGCCAUGGCCAUAGCCAUAGCCAUGUCUAAUUGGCAACUGUUAUUUUGAACCAAAUAAUGGACACAGAAAAACAACAUCGUACAACAAGUAACAAUAGUAGCACAAGUGAACUCUUUGUUUGUUUCACUUCACGUUUGUCAUCUUCCUCCAUGAAGCUCUCGUCUAAAUCAAUCUUAAGUCCAAGCCGUAGCAGAGACCAACCUCAGAUAUCACUUUCAUCUUCCUUGAGUAGAAGACUGAAGAGCAACGGAAGCAUGAAAGGUGGUCAAGCUUCACCAAUGUUUCCAACUGGUGGAAAGAAAAGAGGGUGUGGUUUUGAGAAUCCAGAGCCUUCUUCCCCGAAGGUAACUUGCAUUGGACAGGUUAGAGUGAAGACAAAGAAACAAGGGAAGAAAAUGAGGUCGAGAUCAAAGAGAAGAGGUGAAGCUAGUUUUAGAAGAGGUGAAAAUAAUCCAGAUCUAACUAGACAGAACAGUCAGAGUUUGUAUCAGAAUCAUCAGAAUAUGCAACAAGAGUGUUUGAAACAUAGGAAUCAAAGAUGGGUUCAUUUGCCUUUGACUAUAUGUGAGGCUUUGAGAGAGUUUAGUUGUUUUUUUCCUUGUAGGUCUUCUUGUAUGUCAAACAAUGAGAGAGAGAAAGAGAAGGGUGAAGGUAGGUUUGAAGGAAGAGAAGGGGGAGGAUCUGGUGGUGGGCAUGGUAGAGAAGGUUCAUGUGGAGCUGCAUUUACUAGAUGGUUGGUGGCUUAUCAAGAUGGGGAUGGAAAGGGGAGAGGGAUUGAGGUGAUGAUGGAGGAACAUCAUGAGGAGAUGGAGAUGAUGGAUGAUGAGAAAAGUGAGAGGAGUUAUAGUCAAAGGAGACAUAUUUUUGAAGAUCUUGAUAUAGAUGUGGUUGAUGAGAAGAUACAAGAGGAGUUUGGUGGUGAAGAGGAAGAAGAAGAAGUGAAAGGUAGAGUUAGUAUUUGUGUUCCACCAAAGAAUGCUCUUUUGUUGAUGAGGUGUAGAUCUGAUCCUGUUAAAAUGGCUGCUUUGGCUAACCGUUUUUGGGAAUCACCUCUUCAUAAAGAACAACAAGAACAUGUUGAAGAAGAACAACAUCAUAAGAAAGUUGAAGAACAAGAGGAGCAUAGUGGAGAUGAAGAUGAAGAUGAAGUUGUUGAACAUGAAGAACAAGUACAAGAAGGUUUUAUUGACCAAAACAUUGAGAUGGAGGUAGUUGAAGAGGCACAACAACUAGUAGAAGUGGAGAAAGUGUCACAAGAAGAAGAUAGCAUUUGUGAAAGAGAAACACAAGCUAUUGUGGAAAAUCAUGAAAUUGAAAGCAAAACAAAGCUAGAAGUUGAUGAAGAAACCAUGGAAGAGGAAGAGAAAAGUGAAGAUGGAAAUGGAAAUGCCAUUGAUGAUGAUGAUGAUAAAGUUGAAACCUUUACGUGUGUUUUACUUGAUUCACAUCAUGCAGAUCUUGAAAAACCAGAAACAGAAGAAACCCAUCAUGGAGAAGAUGAAGAGAAACAAGAAAAUGAAGAAAGUUCGGAACUUUCUUCUUCUUCUUCUUCUUCUUCACCUGAAAUAUCAGUAGCUUCUUCAGUACAAGAAAACGAUGAAGCAGAAGUAGAAUCAGAAAAAGUUUCAGCGGAGGAAGAAGAAGAGAAGGAACAACCACCGACCCAUCAAGGAUCCGACCCGGAUAUUGUUCCUAUUGGGUCAAUGGAGCGAGAAAAUGGGUCAAAGAAAGAAGAGAGAGAAAGAGAAACGUUACCGGAAUGCUUGUUAUUGAUGAUGUGCGAGCCAAAACUUUCCAUGGAAGUGUCUAAAGAAACAUGGGUAUGCAGCACCGAUUUCAUACGGUGGUUACCGGAGAGACCUGCCGGGAAGGUCGCCGGAGGAGAGAAGAGGGUUGUAGUGGAGUCUUCUACUUCGUGUUCUAAGCCGAAGGUUAAGGUGAAGCCUGUUCAGCCGUCGAUGCAGCCGCCGAGGUCUUCGUGUUCUUUACCGGUGAACGGAAGUGGCGCCGUGAUGUCGAUGGCGACGAUGAUUGAGCAGAAGCUGGCGGGUUGCUCCAAAUCUCGUAAUGGGUAUGAGCCGUUUGUUCUCACGCGCUGUAAGUCGGAGCCGAUGAGGUCUGCGACUAAGCUUACGCCGGAGGCUUGUUUCUGGAACAAUAGGAAACUUGAGCCGCAUCCUCCUCAGACUUCGCUUGGAGUCGGCGCGCCGGCUGGUGUUGGGUUUUGAUUUUAAUUUUUUUUUAAUCUUUUAUUUUCCUUUUUUUCUAAUUGACAGAAUAAUUAAUUGUUGUUAUUAUAUGUAGAUUAUUGUUGUUUAUUGCUUAAACAUUGGUCAUCUUUGGUAAGUUUAGAAAAAAUUAUAUUAUCA